UUUUGACUGGAAACAGACGUCAGAAAAUUAACGCUUUGAAAACAGGAAAUGUAAAAACGAUAAAAAAAACUUCAAAUGCAGAGUAUAAUACAUUUUAGGCAAACAUUGAGAAAAUCUGGGGUGGGAAAUCUACACUGCGUUACCAAGAUCGUAUGGGACUCUUAUUAGAUGCAAUAAAACAUGUGAACAUCUGUCACCCUACAAUCAUAUAAGAAUUACAGUGCUCAUGUAACCCACACCCGCACAAUUUUGACGAAGUGUUAAUCUUUGUUUACAUAACAGUGUUUUUUGUUGCUCCUAUACCAAAGGAUUUCAUAGGAACCAAACUCGAAUUAUGUAGAUUUUUGUUUUAUUCGACAAAUUGAUGAGAACGUGAUUGACAAAUUAUAUUUUGGAUUUUAUCUGAAUAGCUGCUACACUUCAUAGGGUAGCAAAAUGCCCUCGCUAUUAGAAGCCCUCGAGCGCAAAUACGGCGCCAAAGGCGAAGUGAACCCGUGCAUAGACAAUCUACCGGUCGCCAUCUUCGUGCCGAAGCGGUCGCCGCGGCUCAGCGUGCCGACGCUGCUGGUGCUCAAUGACUGCGACAUCGACUGCGCGGGCGAUGCCUGCGUGCUGGCUGACAAGUGCGCUGAUGUCGUUGAGCUGGAUAUAGCUAACAAUAAGCUUACGGAAUGGUCAGAGGUCUUCGCAAUAUUAGAGCAGACGCCGCGCGUACGCUUCCUAAAUUUAAGCUUCAACCGUCUCUCGGCACAAAUCCAAGCCGCGCAAGCUCUCAACCCUCGCUGGGACAGCCUCAGCAACCUCGUCCUGAACUCCACAUACGUCGGCUGGUCCAACGUGUACGCACUCCUCAAGGCUCUGCCAGCUCUCGAAGAACUGCACUUGAGCCUCAACGAGUACUCGUACGUGGACCUAAGCGGCAAGGAAGUUGACGAGAAGGAUAGAUGCGAUGCCUGCUCGAGACUCAAAGCGCCAGACUCCUUCGAACCCGUACACGAGGGCUUAAAGAAACUCCACUUUUCCGGGAACCCUAUUAACAGCUGGCGGGAAAUAUCGAAAUUGGGAUACGCUUUCCCGAAUUUAGAAACGCUGUUGGUUAACGACUGCCCUGUGAAUACGUUGGAGCCGGAUCCUUGUGAGAAAUGCGGCGACGGAAAUGGAAACAGAAAGAGUCACGAUGCCUUUCCACGCCUCCGGUUCUUGAACCUGAACAACACAGGCCUAGGGACGUGGGACGAAGUGGACCGGCUCGCGCAGUUUCCCUCAUUGAAGAGUUUACGAGUACAAGGUUGGCCGCUAUGGGAGCGCCUGGAAUCCACAGAGCACGAGCGGCGGUUGCUGCUGGUGGCCCGACUGCCUCGCGUUCGCACCCUGAACGGGGGAGGAGCGGUGCCCGAGGAGGAAAGGGACUCCGCUGAGAGGGCCUUCAUUCGGUACUACAUGGAGAAGCCGGAGAGCGACCGCCCGGAUAGGUACUGGGAGCUGGUGGGCGUCCACGGCAAACUGGACCCGCUGGUGUCCGUGGACCUGAGGCCCGAGAAGCGGGUGCAGAUCACCUUCACCUGCGGGGUGAACAGCGAAGUCCGCACCGUUGAUGUUUACAGAACUGUUGCUGACCUGAAGACAAGGUUGGAGCGAUUAGCCGGCUUUCCAGCGUCCAAAAUGAGACUCUUCUACGUCGAUCAAGAACUCAGAGAUUCUCAGUGUCAUCAGGGCCCGGAAGAGAUGAAGUACCCGACCAAGCAGCUGUACUCCUACAACAUCCGGUCGGGCGACGAGAUCAUCAUCGACUCGAAGCUGAAGCACUCGAUCUCCGCCAACUCGACCGCGUGAGACGUCGAGAACCCAUAGUUUCCAGCGUUGACGUUAAGUAAAAUACCAUAAACAAAAAUGUUAUAGUAAGUUUAUUUCAUGUGGAUCUGUUGUUAGAAUUUUUAAGAUGUCCGAAUUGUAGCAAGAGCUCUUGCGUAACAUUUAGACAUCUUAAACAAUACCAUUUAUAGUUUGUUCUGUAAACUAGAUGACGUUGCAUUUUGUUGCGCUCAAUGCUGCAAAAACGUAAACUUUCGUGAACUAAAAUAUUCACACAAUUUGACAUCUGAAAAAUAACACAUCUACAUAAUACUGUCGCGCACAUAGCUCAUAUGGGGUCAUCCAUUAAUUACAUCACACGAAUUUCUAGGUUUUUUGACCCCUCACCUUGUCACAUUUGGCAAACCCCUCCCCCCCUGGUGUGACGUCACAUUUUUCUAAAAAAUUUUUCAACACAAUCGGCGAAUCGAAUUAGGUACCCUAUUAAUAUUUUAUCAAAAUAUUUUUGACAAAAGAAAUAUUAGUAAUUAUAACACAAAACCGACUAGGAAAGAAAUUUAAUCGCAUAAAACGAUUAUCGUUCCAAAAACUCGUCAUUUAACUGUACAGCGAAUAUUUUUUUAAAUAAAUACUGAUGAAGUUAAAGUGACGUUACAAAGUUUGUGACUCCCCCCUCCCCCUUGUCACAACAUGUCACAUUUUCUUGACCCCCUCCCUCCCCCUAUACGUGUGAUGUAGUUAAUGGAUGACCCCUAUGGCGCUGUGCAGCGCCAUCUAGUUAUAUUAGUUAUAUGUCAAAUAAUUACUACAUUAAAUUGCUCUAAUUACUUCAGCUACGAGCAUCAUGUGCAAGCACAAUUACUUAUAGUUACUAGUUGAUCAACGCAGUCAAACGGGAAACAAAAACUUAGAUUUGAAGUUCUUCGUUUCAACACCAAUAGCAAAGUAGUUUUAAGAGCUAAAUCAUAUUUUUAUAUGAAAUGCAAGCUUGUAAAAGGGCAUUUGUUUCAAAAACCGGCCCUAACUUAAAAGCCAUGUGGUACAUAUUGUUUUGCUAGUGGGAUUCAGUGGCAUAGCUACAGGGUGGAGGAGCGGGCAAAAUGCCACGGGCCCUAGUCUGAGAAGCCAUAAGGACAAAAUGAUUUUAUAACAUCAGAUUAUUUGCUACAGAUCUCUCAGUUGGUAUGCCACUGAGAAUAAAGCAUUAUUUUUAAGUGUUAUUUAGACUAACAAAUGUGUUGUGGAAUUAGUGUUUUUUUUUACUAUUCGUAGAUUUUUUUUCGGUAAUUGUUAUUUGCCAUCACACAAAUACUUAGCUGAACUUAUUUGUUGUCACAAGUAGUUUUAGGUUUGAACGUAUGAAGUAAAAAGUACAUUAUUAUUAAUUUUCUUACAAAUUUGAUUUGUAUACAACAUAUCAGGUUAUAGUUACAAAAAUAUACAUAUUCCAAUAUUUAAUGGAAAUUUGACGGGAUCGAAAUUAUAAAUGAACUUAUAUUUCUUAUAAAAUUAAGUGAUUACCUUUAUUGCGAUUAGCAACUGUGAUAUAAAUUAUAAAUGUAUUAACUGUGGAGAAAUUAAUUUACUUCUUGUGUUAUAUUAUUUUUAUGAAUUCUCGUAUAUCUCGAUAUUUAACAUUUUUCAGUAAUGCGUCUAAAUAAGUGUUUAACAAAACGUAAAGUGAUACUAACUGCCAUUUAUGAGUGAUACCGUAUUGGUACAUUUAAAAAUAUACAAUAAUCAAGUUCUACUGACUGUAACGGUGAAGCCACUAAAGCGCAAGCUACGCACGAAUAUGAUCAAAUUCUCACGAAAAGCGCCGAAUAAUCGGGAUAAGAAACCUAAUUUUUCAAAUUCUCGUGUUUUUUGUGUCAGCGAAAUAAGACUAGAGGCGUACAAUUAGCAAAUUUAUUUCCAUUUUGUACAAUGUGCGUAAUGUAGGUCCCUCCAACAUGACAACAUGGGUUGUGUUCUCGCGCGCGACUCUACACAUCUAGCGCAACUUCAAGUAUGGACUCGCGCGCGAGAACGCAACUCACGCUGGACAAUCUGGUGUACGAGGACGGAUUCCGAUUUAAAAAUUAUUUUAAUGAAAAAAAAUCGUAGCGUAGCACUGGGCUGCUGUUGAAGUGUUGACUGCACCUUGAAUUUGCACUGUGGUGUAUCUGCUAUCGGUUCAAACAAAAAUAAAAAUUGUCCUGUGAUGUCCGGAGCUGCCAAAGACGUUGAAUGGUUAGAGUAUUUUCAAUGGAUGUAUACUAACUUGCGUGCACGACUGAAUCUUGCAUGGCAGCCUUAUAAAAGUGAUACAUGCAAUAAGUUCGCUAAAUUCAUGUAUCUGAUAUUGUAAGAAGUAUAUUAAAUGGUCGUCUUAUAUAAUAGAAACAAUGGAAAAUAAAUAAAAUAAUUGUAA